AUGAAGUCCGUGGAGGCACUCGUAUUGGAUUUAAGUCGAUAUGUCAGCAGAAAGAUGUGGUCCGAUACUAUUACCAAGCCUUCAUUGGUUGCCGGUAAAUUGGACAGCCGAGGACAGGAAAGAAGGGCACCUUUGAAGACAUGGGCUGAAUUGAGUGUUGGCGGUAUAGCAGGCGCAGUCUCACAGACCGUAGCAUACCCGUUCGAGGUGAUACGACGUAGAAUGCAAGUUUACGGAGCGUUUGAUCCUUCAAAGUUUGUUGGCAUUUGGCAGACAACAAAGACAAUUUGGAACACCAGUGGAUUUAGAGGAUUUUUUGUAGGAUUGAGCAUUGGAUACCUGAAGGUCACACCCAUGGUGGCUGUUUCUUUCACGGUUUAUAACAGAAUGAAACUACUAAUGAACAUUGAUUGA